AUGCAUCACCGCUCAUGUACCCCUGACGGUGAUGAGACCGCCUGUAGGAAGGCAGCCAGAGACGUGGCAGUCUGUACCCCUGACGGUGAUGAGACCGCCUGUAGGAAGGCAGCCAGAGACGUGGCAGUCUGUACCCCUGACGGUGAUGAGACCGCCUGUAGGAAGGCAGCCAGAGACGUGGCAGUCUGUACCCCUGACGGUGAUGAGACCGCCUGUAGGAAGGCAGCCAGAGACGUGGCAGUCUGUACUCCUGACUGUGAUGAGACCGCCUGUAGGAAGGCAGCCAGAGACGUGGCAGUCUGUACUCCUGACUGUGAUGAGACCGCCUGUAGGAAGGCAGCCAGAGACGUGGCAGUCUGUACUCCUGACUGUGAUGAGACCGCCUGUAGGAAGGCAGCCAGAGACGUGGCAGUCUGUACUCCUGACUGUGAUGAGACCGCCUGUAGGAAGGCAGCCAGAGACGUGGCAGUCUGUACCCCUGACGGUGAUGAGACCGCCUGUAGGAAGGCAGCCAGAGACGUGGCAGUCUGUACCCCUGACGGUGAUGAGACCGCCUGUAGGAAGGCAGCCAGAGACGUGGCAGUCUGUACUCCUGACUGUGAUGAGACCGCCUGUAGGAAGGCAGCCAGAGACGUGGCAGUCUGUACUCCUGACUGUGAUGAGACCGCCUGUAGGAAGGCAGCCAGAGACGUGGCAGUCUGUACUCCUGACUGUGAUGAGACCGCCUGUAGGAAGGCAGCCAGAGACGUGGCAGUCUGUACUCCUGACUGUGAUGAGACCGCCUGUAGGAAGGCAGCCAGAGACGUGGCAGUCUGUACCCCUGACGGUGAUGAGACCGCCUGUAGGAAGGCAGCCAGAGACGUGGCAGUCUGUACCCCUGACGGUGAUGAGACCGCCUGUAGGAAGGCAGCCAGAGACGUGGCAGUCUGUACUCCUGACUGUGAUGAGACCGCCUGUAGGAAGGCAGCCAGAGACGUGGCAGUCUGUACUCCUGACUGUGAUGAGACCGCCUGUAGGAAGGCAGCCAGAGACGUGGCAGUCUGUAAUCCUGACUGUGAUGAGACCGCCUGUAGGAAGGCAGCCAGAGACGUGGCAGUCUGUACUCCUGACUGUGAUGAGACCGCCUGUAGGAAGGCAGCCAGAGACGUGGCAGGCUGUACCCCUGACCCCUCCACAUCAACUACCUGGUAUCCCUCCGCAUCAGCUACCUGGUAA